CCCUUAGACGUUCGUCCACGACCCUUCGUGGCCGUGACGUCAAUUGCGGUAACGCCGGACGGCACCCGUUGCAGUCCGGCGACGCGCAGCCGCGCGGCACCGCGAUCAAUGCGCGUCUUCGCACGAGGGUACCCGUCGGCGCAUAUUACACGAGGACCGGAACGGAACAUGCGCGCGGGUGGACUCGUCCUGCGGUAAAAAGGAGAGACUCGCGCGCGUGGAAACCUCUGACGUGGAAUACCGAUGAUGCAAACGCGCGCUCGCGUCUCUGCAUGAAGCGAGAUUCGAUGAAUUCGCGAGCCCGCGAGGCGUAAGAGCCGAGGGUGGAAGGCUGAGACGACGCUGUGUUUGUGACGUGAUGCGGAACGCUGCGACGAGUGGUUCUCGCGACGCGCUGACUCGGCAGCAUGUAGAAAGCUAGUGCAGGGCAAAGAGUAGCGAACCGCUCGAUUUUUCGUGGUCGAAACGCUCGAAGGUCCGCUCCGGUUGAUAAAACUGUCUCUGUUUAAAGUAGUUGCCAUUUUCCAUCCAGUGUUGUGGGACUUGUCGAUAAGAGUUGCAGUUGCGGCUUACAUAACAGCCCAUAACGACAAUGGUAUGCACGAUUUGAGGAUUUUGACUCGGCGUAUCUAAUCAAGGUCUUAGAGAGUUGAAGAGUGAUCAGUCUUCUCUACAAAUGUUGAUAAGAUUGUCGAAGAGAAACACCAACAACCUGCUACGACUGAUUUACAAACUCUGAACAGCUGUUAAAUCGUCGAGUCGAGUCCUCUCCGAAUUGGAGCGAAUAUAAUCAGGGGUGAACGUUUAUCCAGUGAACGCCAGUUGCGCCUUUGCCCACGUAAGAUGAACAGGCGCACGUAGACAAUCGAUUGGCGCGCGAUCAAUCCAGUCGGAGCAGGAUGCCGAAGCAAGUUCCGGUGGAGAACCUGGUGAUACCGCCGCAGGAUGGCCGCAUCUGCGGCACGAUCUGCAUCUGCCAGAUGACGAUGGUACUGUCCUCGGUCGCGCUGGUGUACCUGACGGUCGCGAUCUACAUGCCCAGCACGCGGGCGUUCGCCUCGGGCAUCACCGAGGUGCCCGUGAUGUGCACGACGAUUCGAGCGUCGAACGUGGACAAUUGCGAGUGGGGCAGCUGCGGCGAGUGGUGCCUGUCCAAGACCUCCGGGCCCUGCGUGCAGAUCCACGUGAACCUACGCCGAAACGGGUCCACGAUCCUCCUAGCGAACUGUACGAACACGACGAACAAGACGUGCUACGGUAUCGAUCAGGAGAACGCGAAGAAGGCAAAGUGCAUCGCGGACGAGUGCCGCAAUCUGACCGGGACGUUCAACUGCUCCGCGGGCACCUGCAUCAACAUCACCGACGCCUUCGAGUGCAUGUUCCACGACACGGAUCCGCCCCUCAAGUGCUCCGGCCGUCGCGGCAAGAUCACCUGCAUAGACAUAGACGGGCUGUUCAACUGCAACCGCGGCACCUGCGAGCGCAUACGCACCCCCUACAACUGCGAUCGCAGGUGCGUCGACAUCCCGACCAGGAACAAGAACAUGAUCCUCCUCAGUGGCGACAAGGUGUACCUCAGCCAGUGCGAACGGGCUAUAGACGUAGAGAGCAAUCGCGAGAUCUGGCACGAGGAUCGCGGCGACGUCAUGAUGGCCUCCUGCUACGGGAUCUUCAAUUCCACGUUGGGCGUGGAGGCGGUGGAUUGCAUCAACGGUUCCGUGCUGGAGAAAGACCAGCUGACCGAUCUGACGAAUUUCACGUACCUGUCCUACCUGAAUAUAUUCGCCACGAAACCGUUGGACAAAGACAAUAUAGUCGCGCCGCCGGAGCAGAGCCUGAUCAUCGCCAACGAGAGCAAAUUGUUGAUCAACCUCGAGGGAUGCGUCAACACCCUUCGGGACGAGUGCAAAGAGUUCCUUCACGAGUACGGGAAGGACGGGUCCGAUCACAACGCGCGUGCUAGAUUCCCGUGUUACUACGCCGAGGCUAACACGGGCGUUGUCGUGUCGCGGUUCGAUCUGCAUACGACCUAUAAAGAGUUCUUGAUCGCGCUAGUGCUGCCGAGCAUUCUGUUUGUCGUCAGCUGUCUGACUCUGAUCUUCUGUCAGAGGAGAGUCGUCGUCGGGGACGACGCUAAAAUGAGGUUCAAGGGCACGCCCGGCACGCUGGUCUCGAUAGAGAGGAGCGCGUCGGGCAACUUAGGGGAUGCUGGCGGAGGAGACUCCGUUAUGGCGCUCUGAGAUCCGUCACGCAUUCCCCUCCUGGAGGAGAGUCCGGCUCGUCAGUCGAUAUUCUCCCUGCGCGGGUAUUACUGAGGUGUGGGGAGGGGGGGAACGCGUGAUAAAAAUUCUCAUCUUGCACACAAUUCAA